AUGAACGGAACGACACUGAACCAGACGCCCGCCGCUGCGCCCGCCGCGCCCACGACUGCGCCCGCAUCCGCUGGUGUUGGUUCUGCUGCUGCUGCUGCUGCCAACAAUGGUCGACCACCAGCCCGCCGUCGCAGGCCCCAGUCGAACCCACUGCGUGCGCCCAAACGGCCGCUACAGAACAUCACGCGGCCGUUGGUGUCGCUCGCCACGAUGAACGAGAGCAAGAAGCCGGCGCCGGGCCUCGUCAACGAUGGAACACAGACCAAAGAGGCGCUGCGGCAAGAGUUCAUUGCGCAGGGCGCCACCACAUUCCCCUUGGUCGUCACACGGCGUGACCUGAAAGAGCUGCGGCAUCAUGUGAUGCGCCUGCAAAGCAAAGGACGCGUCGACAUCGAAGACAAGAUGCAGUUCACUCCGCCUAUCAAGCUACACCGGCGAGAUCCGCGUGCACCCCCAAGUGGUGCAGGUUCCCACUUCGAGGAGGAAGACACAAAGGAGGACUUGGAUGAGAUCAAGGAACGUGAACGCAUCGAACAGCAAAAGGAAGAGCGCCGCAAGAUUCGCGACGAGAACCAAGCCAAGAUCGCUCCCAGUGGGACCAAGAAGCCGAACGCCUUCCAGAAGAAGACGGAGCAAAAAUACCGUCCAGAUGACACUCCAGAGGCGAAGAAGCGCCAGCUGCUACGGUACGAAGAGACGCUGCCUUGGCAUCUAGAGGACUUUGAGAAUAAGCAGACAUGGGUGGGCACAUAUGAGUCGGAGCUUUCCGAGGCACACGUCAUGCUCACCACCACGGACCCCAACAACCCACUCGCAGGCGCCAUUCAAUUGGCACCCAUGGAGCGUUGGUACCGAUUCAACGUCAAGAAUAAAUUGAAGCCGACAGGCGACGACGUAGACAAGCUCAUGUACAAAAUUGAGCACGUGCCAGGUUUCCUCAAGAAUAUUGAAGCACGCGCCAUCAAGCGAGAAGCACAAGAAAACGAACGUGGUAACAGCGGUCUCCGCACGCGUGUAGGCGGUGGAGGCGAUGAUGAGGGUAGAAUCCGUCAACCACGGCUCGAUGAGGAUGGCAACUUCGUCAAGCAAGAAGCUGAUGCUGACGACAUUGACUUCAAUCUUGAGGAAGACUUUGCUGAUGACGAGGAAGGGCUUAAUGGCCUCUUUGAGGGUGAGGAAGAGGAGGUCAAAGAGGCCACUGAGAAACUGAAGCGAGAUCAGUUGCAGGCUGCCCUAUGGGAACGUCCGGAUGAGUUGACGAUGGAGCGCCGUGAAGAACUUGAGGCAAAGUUGGCUGGUGAAAUAAAGGCCAUGGAAAAGAUUUACCGAAAGACGCUGGUGAAGCGUGAGAAGCAGUAUGACUAUGCAGACAGCGAUCCAGAGAACCCAUAUGUAACCGAGAGUGAGUCCGACACCGACUCUGAGACGGAAAGGCAGCGGGCAAAGGAAGAGGAAGAGAAGAAAGCCGCGGAGCAAAAUGGAAAGACGGUUGAAGGGGGAAAUGUACCAUCUGGCACAUCGACAAAGGGUUCAAACACGCCGUCAGGGAUCAACAAGCUUGCUGACAGCAAUAAGAAGAAGCGGCCUGGUUCGCCAAACCUGUCAGAAGCUAGUGGCAACGAGUCUUCCCGCAAGAAGCACAAGAAGAACCGUGACAAGCUCACUGAUCCUUCCCGCAAGUCCUCUCUCGCUGCUCUCAAGGGUGCUGGUUCUGGUAGUGACAGCGAGAUGACCGACGCCGGUCGCAUCCGCAAAGAGAAGAAGAAGAAGUCCAGGCUCGUGCUCGGCGCCUCUCCCAGUGGCACCCCGGGCCCCAGCCGCGCGGGGAGUCCCUCUGCCCCCAACCUCAACGGUAGCCGAGCUGGUAGUCCCUCGGGCGCCGUCAAGCAGCUCCCCACGGCCAAGGAAAUCCAUGAUUCUAUUCCACCACAGGGCAUGAAUCUCAAGGAUCUCAUUCUCAAGUUCAAGAGUCGCGUUGAACACUCGAACACCAAGCAGUUUAUCAAGCUUGUCAAGGCAGUAUCGAGUUUCGACAAGCAAAACAGUUGGCUGACGCCGUUGGCUGAAAUGCCAUCGGAUGAAAAUGAAAUUUACGAUUCCAUUCCACCACAGGGCAUGAAUCUCAGGGACUUCCUUCCCGAGUUCAAGAGUUGCUUCAAGCACACGAAUGCCAAGCAGUUUAUCAAGCUGGUCAAGACAGUGUCGAGUUUUGACAAGCAAAACAUGUGGUUGACGCCUUUGGCUGAAAUGCCCUCGGGAUGGAACCGUUAG